AUCCGAUCACUUUCUCUUGCUUUCCUAGCUUCGACGCGUCUUGUUCACGAAAGACUGACCCUGCAUUUGUACUCAUUCAAACAAGCCCCAGACAAGACUCUGUCAUAGGUCAACGAAGCCUUACCGUGCAAUUCUUACAGUGACUACAACGACACGCAAUCCAUAGCACCAUUAGUCAACACCGAAACUCGAGAUGCCACCGAAAUCAUCUAGCGCGAGAAUCAUAAUCAAGCCUCCCGCACGACGGCGUGGAGGCGCCGCACGGGGAGGUGGACGUACGCCUCGUUCAAGACUACAAGUAGUGGAGAGUGAGGUAAGUUCACCUGCACCCACCGCAACCACUCAAGAAGACAACGAAGAACCGGAGGAAGUCGAAGCGGGCUCUAACGAGGCUGCCAGUUCGAGUCUCCUCCCUUCUGCUUCUCAAACUCCGGCAGCCGGAGAGGAACAGGAUGAAGAAGACGUCGAAGCUGCUGACGAUGAGGGUGCAGGAGACAAUGCGAGCACACCGGCAGAAGGGUCGACUGUGCCUUCAGAUGAGGGUGAGGAGGUGGAAGCGGGAGCGGAAGUGGAAGUGGAGAAAGCACCAAGGGGGAGAGGAAGGGGAAGAGGUGGUCGACCGCGUGGAAGACCUAGAGGAAGCGGGACACCUCGAGCUCGUGGGAGGGGAUCGCGUGGGGGAAGAGGUAGGGGUAGGGGUCGAGGAUCCUUUACUAUCAAGUUGCCAAGAAGGACUGGUGAAGAGGGUGAAGAGGGUGCGUUGGCUUCGCACGAGGAGGGUGAAGGCGAAGCUGUUGCCCUGGAGGCGGCUGGUGCGGAGGAGCCCAUGGGAGGUGGCAAACCAUUUAAAACUGUCCAAGGGAAGGUUUAUAUUAUUGAGGGCGAUGAGUUGGUCACGGACGACGAUCCAAAGGGAGAUGAGAAGAUUGACAAGGAUGGGAAUCUCUUAGGUGGACGGAAGUUCAAAGCGCACACAUUCACUCUCCCCAAUCGCCACCCUACACGACAAUACAUGCUCGCCAUCGACGCUGCACGAACAUCCGGGUUCCGUGAUUCACUCUACUACUUCCGUCGGAACCCACUUGCCAUGAAGCUCAACGCAACACAAUGGGAGAAAGAUCACCUCAUCGAGGAAGGGAAACUCGGUAGUCAUCUUAAAACUAGGAGCGUCACCCUCAUCACCGCCAGAAGCGCAUUCAAACUCCAUGGGUCCAAAAUGGUCAUCGGCGGUCGUUGGGUGGUAGAUGACUACUACGAAGACAAAGUCCUUGCUGAAGUCACAGAAAAAGGUCUCAAACCAGGAGACUACGUAGGCGACCUCUCCGAACCUACACAAGCUGCAGCAGCAGCAGAAGCAGCUGCACGAGAGCUUCAAGCUGGUCCCCUUGGUAUCGGUCCGCCUACCAGCAUGUAUCGACCUGGCGGGCCUACAACGCUCUUCGGCGGUAGUGGUUGGGGUCCAUACAGUGAUGGACCUCUGAACGCUGUUAGGAAGAGUCUACUGAAUAGGGAGGGGCUAAACGAGGAAAAUUGGAUGGCCAUUGCUGCGUUGAGGACGGCUGAGGACGGUGCGGAGUGGGCGAAGUUGAGGAGGGAUAAUUUGAAGGUGUGUGGUGGAAUUCAGCAACUUCAGCCGCCUCAAGAGCCGGCAAGUGAGCAAAGGGGUGGUGAGAUGGAAUUUGAUGUCAACGUCGUGGAGGAAGGUGGUGUCGUCGGCAUGAAACGACCAGCGGGACCAGAAGGUGAUAGGAGGUUGCGCAAGAAACGACGGUUUGAUGAUGGACCUUUGCCGCUGGGUAUUUACGAGCCUCAAACUGGAGUUGUCCUAUGUGCGUGUUUCGCUGUUUCAACUGACACAACUAGAUCAUUCAUUCAACUUUCGCACCCACAGAUCGACACGAUACUCAACCAAGAUCGGCAAGGUGGGAAGUCGUCGAUGACCGCAAGCCAGUCUUGGGAGGUACGAAAGUGGGUAAUGGAGCUUGGGGACUCGCAUGGAUUGACACCGUCAUGGAACUUCCAAACCUUCCACCACAACCUCCUCCGAUACGUGUUCAUCCGCCUACAUUAGAGAGUUAGUCCUGUGCUUCGCUCCUGGUUCCGUUAUGUAUGCGAGUUCAGCAAUCUGUGUUAAUAUGGUGUGAGGAAUCAGGACGAUUCGAUGUAUUGUAGACGUGAUUAGGAUAUAUUCUUUAGCGUAAUCAUAGAGUAUUCUGCUGGUACUUUUC